CGCCUCAUUUUUACAUGCGUAUAUUAUCAACCAAAACCCAAUGAAAGUGUUACAGUUAAUAGAAAUUCCAGGCUUUUUUUUAAAUUGUCCGUGUCGGCUUAUAUGUAGUUUUCAAGCUCUGACAAAUUAACAAAAAUACAAAAAAACUAACGCGUGCCUAAAAGUAGAAAAGUUUUCACAUUAAAUAGAAGUCAGAAUUUCGGUAAACUCAGCACAUGGACCAUUAAUAAAAAAAACAAAUAUCAUAUGGCUGUCAGCUGUUCAAGUGCAACUCUUGCACAGCUGUUUUCAACAUUAACUUUGAUCAGAAUUCACAGAUGAAAUGGUGACAAGCACUUCUAGCAACUGUUACAAAUCGAGCGCCGCGUUACCCACAACGAUUGUACGAUUGAUCCAAUGAAUCGGAGCAAGUUUCCAAAUAUGUUGCCUACCAAAUCGGACUCACGACGGCGCCUGAAUGCCACUGGGGCGUCGACUGGUGCCAGCAGCAAGGCCGCUGAAGGUGCCUCCGAGACGGAUGGCUUUGUAAACGAGCAAUGGCUACCACCGAAUGUGGAUGAAUCGACACCGUGGAAGACAAUCGCCAUCAUACUCACAUUGUUUAUCGGGGGAACUAUAUGCAUUUGUUGUGCGGCAUUAGAUUGGAUUGCGGACGUAGGUCAGGACCGAUCAGAUCGCAUCUGGGCCGUUACAAUAAUUGGCGCGUUGACGAUUAUUCCCGGCGGGUACUAUCUUUACAUUCUUUUGUGUAUUUUAAUGCAUCGCAAUGGUUACACGAUGGAUGAUAUACGUCGAUUGGGUUAAAGGUGGCUCCGGAAACUCUGCAAAUGUACUUAUUAACUAUUUUUAAAAAGUUGCCGUCAAAACUGCGCAUUUAUUUAUUGUAUAAAAAUAUUGUAAAUACAUACAUGUUAUCAAAUUUGUUGUGGUUGACGCGCUCAACUUGAGGAUUUAAUAAGCGAAACAUCUACCUAUCAAUAUUUCACUUUCAGGUUUGAAGCUGUAUACAUAUAGAUAUAUAGAUCAUACUAUUUACAUAUAUUAUGGCAUUUUCAGCUGUGAAGCAUAGUGCGUAGUUUGAGCUUAAAUAUAUAUAUAUAUAUUUUUCUUUAUAUAUA